GUGACUUUGCUCCUGUCAGUGUGCAAGCAGAAAGUGUGUGAGAGAAAGGGAACAUGAUGUCCAGCUUCAAGUGGCCCUGGACAGCUGAUGCUGCAACCAGCUUCCUCCGAGCAGCACGAUCGGGGAACCUGGACAAAGCUCUAGACCAUCUCAGGAAUGGUGUGGAUAUUAAUACCUGCAAUCAGAAUGGGUUGAACGCUUUACAUCUGGCCUCCAAGGAGGGGCAUGUGAAGAUGGUGGCUGAGCUGUUGCACAAGGAAAUUGUGUUGGAAACCACCACCAAGAAAGGGAAUACCGCUUUACACAUCGCUGCCUUGGCAGGGCAAGAAGACGUUGUGCGGGAGCUGGUGAACUUUGGGGCAAACGUCAACGCACAAUCACAGAAAGGCUUCACGCCCCUGUAUAUGGCCGCACAAGAGAAUCACCUGGAAGUUGUCAAGUUCCUCCUGGAGAAUGGAGCCAACCAAAACGUGGCCACAGAAGAUGGCUUCACCCCCUUGGCAGUGGCUCUACAGCAGGGCCAUGAAAAUGUGGUGGCCCACUUGAUUAACUACGGGACAAAGGGGAAGGUGCGCCUUCCGGCGUUGCACAUAGCCGCCCGCAACGAUGACACGCGAACAGCUGCCGUGCUUUUGCAAAAUGACCCCAAUGCAGACGUCCUUUCCAAGACCGGCUUCACCCCUCUUCACAUCGCAGCCCAUUAUGAGAAUCUCAACGUGGCCCAGCUUCUGCUCAACCGGGGAGCAAGUGUCAAUUUCACCCCCCAGAAUGGCAUCACCCCAUUGCACAUUGCCUCCCGUCGCGGCAACAUCAUAAUGGUGCGCCUGCUGCUUGACCGGGGAGCCCACAUUGAGGUUCGCACCAAGGAUGAGCUGACCCCAUUGCACUGUGCUGCUAGGAAUGGCCAUGUGCGAAUUGCUGAAAUCUUGCUGGACCACGGAGCGCCCAUCCAAGCAAAGACCAAGAAUGGCCUCUCCCCCAUCCACAUGGCCUCCCAAGGUGACCACUUGGACUGUGUGCGGCUUCUGCUGCAGUAUAACGCUGACAUUGAUGACAUCACAUUGGAUCACUUGACCCCACUGCAUGUGGCUGCCCACUGUGGCCACCACCGGGUGGCCAAGAUCCUGCUCGAUAAGGGAGCCAAGCCUAAUGCGCGGGCACUGAACGGCUUCACUCCAUUGCACAUUGCUUGUAAGAAGAACCACAUCCGGGUGAUGGAGCUUCUUCUGAAGAUGGGGGCCUCCAUUGAGGCCGUCACGGAGUCGGGCCUCACGCCUCUUCACGUGGCCUCCUUCAUGGGAAACCUUUCCGUUGUCAAGAUCCUGCUCCAACGUGGAGCCUCCCCCAACGUUUCCAAUGUGAAAGUAGAGACGCCCCUCCACAUGGCAGCUCGAGCCGGGCAUAGUGAGGUAGCUAAAUAUCUGCUCCAGAACAAAGCCAAGGUCAAUGCCACAGCUAAGGAUGAUCAGACGCCCUUGCACUGCGCCAGCCGCCUUGGGCACUGUGCCAUGGUGAAGCUGCUCCUGGAGAGUGGUGCUGACCCUGACCUCUCCACAACCGCCGGACACACGCCACUGCACAUCACAGCCCGCGAGGGGCACCUGGACUGUGUUUGUGCCCUCCUGGACAAAGAGGCAUCCCAGACUGCCAUGACCAAGAAAGGAUUUACCCCUCUCCACGUUGCUUCCAAAUACGGGAAAGUAGAUGUUGCUGAGGUUCUGCUACAGCACAACAGCCAGCCCAACGCGGCAGGGAAGAACGGCCUGACGCCUCUGCACGUUGCCGUCCACCACAACAAUUUGGAUAUAGUCAAAGUGUUGCUCCCCAAGGGAGCAUCCCCACACAGCGUGGCUUGGAACGGAUACACCCCUUUGCACAUCGCAGCCAGGCAGAACCAGAUGGAGGUGGCCUGCAGCCUGCUGCAGUAUGGUGCUUCUGCCAAUGCCGAAUCCACGCAAGGAGUGACCCCGCUACACCUGGCGGCCCAGGAGGGCCACGCGGACAUGGUGGUGCUGCUCCUCUCCAAGCAGGCGAAUGGCAACUUUGGGAACAAGAGCGGCCUCACCCCCCUCCACCUGGCGGCACAGGAGGGACACGUCCAGGUGGCAGACAACCUGCUGAGGCAUGGAGUCCAAGUGGAUGCAACGACUCGGAUGGGCUACACGCCGCUGCACGUGGCUUCUCAUUACGGGAAUAUCAAGCUGGUGAAAUUUCUCCUGCAGCAUCAGGCUGAUGUCAAUGCCAAAACCAAGCUGGGUUACACUCCUCUCCACCAAGCAGCCCAGCAAGGCCACACCGACAUAGUCACCCUUUUGCUGAAGCACGGGGCCUCACCCAAUGAAAUCAGUUCGAAUGGUGCUACACCUUUGGCCAUCGCCAAGCGGCUCGGCUACAUUUCCGUAACUGACGUGCUGAAAGUGGUCACCGAUGAGACCAGCUUCCUGUCAUUAAGUGACAAGCAUCGGAUGAGUUUUCCAGAGACGGUGGAUGAGACUCUGGAUGUGUCUGAGGAUGAAGGCACGGCUCACGUAACUCUCCUGGGAGAGGAACUGCCAGGUGCCAAGAUGCAGAAGCGGGAACUUCAAUAUCAGGAAGAUGAGAGAGAAAUUGUGGAAUUUGUCCCCAAAUUGGAUCACACAAGGGAGGAAUCACCAGCUAUCCCACGAAUCCCUUGUGUCACGCCUGAGACGGUCCUCAUCCGGCCUGAGGAGCCAGAGCAGCCUUCCAAGGAGUUUGAUGAAGAGUCCCUCAUCCCAAGCAGUCCUGCCACAGAGACCUCUGACAACAUCAGUCCAGUAGCCAGCCCUGUCCACACAGGGUUCCUUGUAAGUUUCAUGGUGGAUGCCCGUGGCGGGUCCAUGCGGGGCAGCAGGCACAAUGGCCUUCGCGUCAUCAUUCCACCCAGGACGUGUGCAGCACCAACUCGCAUCACCUGCCGCCUGGUCAAGCCCCAGAAGUUGCCAGCUCCACCCCCUCUGGCAGAGGAAGAAGGACUGGCCAGCAGAAUUAUUGCUCUGGGCCCUGCUGGAGCACAGUUCCUCAGCCCUGUGAUUGUGGAAAUCCCUCAUUUUGCCUCACAUGGCCGUGGUGACCGGGAGUUGGUGGUCCUGCGCAGUGAGAAUGGGUCUGUGUGGAAGGAGCACCGCAGCCACUACGCCGAAAGUUACUUGGACCAGGUCCUCAAUGGGAUGGAUGAAGAAUUGGAAAGUCUGGAAGAAUUGGAGAAGAAGAGGAUUUGCCGGAUCAUCACGACCGACUUCCCCCUGUACUUUGUGGUCAUGUCCCGGGUGUGCCAGGACUGCGAGUUGAUUGGCCCAGAAGGUGGCUGUCUCCAAAGCUCCUUGGUGCCCAUGGUCCAAGCCACGUUUCCAGAAACAGCAGUCACCAAGAAGGUCAAGCUAGCUCUGCAGGCUCAGCCAGUGCCCGACGAGCUGGUGACAAAACUGCUGGGCAACCAGGCAACCUUCAGCCCGAUUGUGACGGUGGAGCCACGCCGCAGGAAGUUUCACCGACCCAUUGGGUUACGCAUCCCCUUGCCCCCCUCCUGGAGAGAGAAUCCCCGAGACAGCGGGGAAGGUGAUACCACCAGCCUGCGCCUUCUCUGCAGCGUUAUAGGAGGAACUGCACCAGCACAAUGGGAGGACAUCACCGGGACCACAAAAUUAGUUUAUGCCAACGAGUGUGCAAAUUUCACCACCAAUGUAUCUGCCAGGUUCUGGCUUGCAGACUGCCCGCGCACAGCCGAAGCUGUCCAUUUUGCCACUCUGUUGUACAAGGAGCUGGCAGCUGUGCCUUACAUGGCGAAGUUUGUGGUAUUUGCCAAAAUGAACGACGGGCGGGAAGGACGCCUGCGCUGCUACUGCAUGACCGACGAUAAGGUGGACAAGACGCUGGAGCAGCACGAAAACUUCACCGAAGUGGCACGCAGCCGGGACAUCGAGGUGGCUGAAGCCAUGCCACUCCACAUGGAGCUUUCUGGGAACCUGCUGCCGAUCAAGAAGGCUGCCCAGCAACGUAGUUUCUUGUUCCGGUCAUUCCACGAGAACCGCCUCAUCAUCCCAGUUAAGGUGAGGGACAGUAGUCGGGAAGCCAGUGGGUCGUUGUCCUUCCUCCGCAAGCCCAUGAAGUAUGAAGAGCUUCAGCAUGUGCUGUGCCACCUGAAUGUCACAAUGCCACCCUGCUCCAAGACAUCUGGCAGUGAAGAGCGAAGGAGGACCUUGACACCACUUGCCCUGAGGGAGAGAUACAGCCUGCUCAAUGACAGCACUCUGGGAUCCCUUAACAGCACAGAGAAAGAGAGAACCAACAUGAAGUUGGCAAUUGUUGCAGAACACCUGGGUCUCAGUUGGGCUGAGCUGGCCCGGGAACUUCAAUUUGGAGUGGAUGACAUCAACAGAAUCCGAGUUGAGAAUCCAAACUCCCUCCUGGAGCAGAGCAUGGCCCUGUUGAAUCUUUGGACCAGCCGUGGUGGCCAGAAUGACAACAUGGAAAGCCUUUAUACAGCCCUGCGCAACAUUGACCGUGGCGAAAUUAUCAACAUGCUGGAAGGCUCGGUGCGGCAGAGCCACAGCCUGAAGGGUGACAAGCGCUACCGGCACAGAGACUAUUCUGGAUCUCCCUCCCAGAUAAAUGGUUAUGCUUCGCUGCAGGACGAGCUGCUCUCCCCCGCCUCCAUGCACUACGCUCUGCCUUCCCCGCUGUGUGCUGACCAAUACUGGAAUGAGGUGGCCAUCCUGGAAGCCAUUCCCAUGGCUGCCAGCGAGCAGGAUGCCCUCCUGGAGAUGUCGGACAUGCAGGUGUGGUCUUCGGGGCUGACGCCCUCGCUGGUGACUGCCGAAGACUCCUCCCUGGAGUGCAGCAAGGCUGAGGACUCGGACGCCACAAGUGAAGGGCGGUUCCCGGGGCAGCUCCUGGAGGACGUGCAUGGCCCUGACCCCCUUGGCUCCAUGGACCUGGUGGAGGACGACACAGUGGAUUCAGACGCCAUGAAUGGCCUGAUGGACAUGCUAGAGCAGGAGGAAGGCCAGCAGAGAGUGCAGGUGGGCAUCACGGAGUCACCCACCGUUAGCCGGGUGAUAGACAAGAGCAAGGACAGGCCUGGUGCGUUGGUGGUCGAGGGCUCCUUCAUCUCCAGCUUGACAGACUUGGCCAAAGGGGUGUCCCUGAGCCCCCCACUCCUGCGACAAGGGGUAUCUUACAAAGUGCGUGGCCGGGAGCGGGAAAGGCUGGAGCACAUGCGGAUCGACUCAUCGGAAGAGCGGGAAAGCCCCCUCUUCCAGAGGGACUGGGGGCUCCAGCCUGGGAGGCAGCAAGGGUUAGCCAAGUGGCUGGAGGAGUCUGAUAGCAGCUGCUUUGCACAAAUGCAGGGUAACGAAAUAUUGGAUAUUCCUGGGGAACAAGUGACCGAAGAGCAAUUCACUGAUGAGCAAGGCAACAUUAUCACCAAGAAGAUUAUUCGGAAAGUGGUGCGGCGACUGGACACGGAAGACGGGCGGCCGCAGGAAGAGGGAUGGCAGCCAUCAGCCAGCUAGGAGGCACACCCGGUUUCAGCUCCGGUUUUACAGGGGUGCCUUUCCCCGAAGCAUCCUGGGAACUGUACUGGGGCGAAGGAGGCUGGGUGCUUUCCAUGCGCUCCCUCUAGAGACCGGCUUUCUGGGAAUGGCUGAGAGAAGUAGAUGUGGUGGUGCGCCCCAUGUGAACGUCGGUGCCAAGCUCUUCUCUUUCUUCCUUCUGCCCCCAGGGCCUCACCUCGACACCCAUCCACUAACCUCCACUCUCCUCGUUCCUCUCCGCGUGGCCAGGCGAGUGGAGCGACGUGCUUCCAGAGGCAGGGCUGUCUGCCUGCGGCUCUUUAGGUUAAUGGCAUGAUUUCCGUAAGAGACAUAACUUUACCGUCUUAAUCCGCAUGACCGACCGACUGCCGACGCAUGAGCUACUGCUCGUUCUCCUGACUUCGAAAGCCGGGGCCAGGACAAUUCCCCAGGAGAAGGAGGAACGAUGCAAUUGUGUUUGUGUGUGUGUGCGUGCGUGCGUGUGGCGGGGCCUUCUUUCCAGAGCCCCUUCUUGACGCGGUGCCUUGGCCUCCUGGGGAAGGAGUAAGCUGGACGGAGUUCACCUGCCAUCCCAUCCUCCCUGGCUCAGCCUUCGGGUUGGCUCUGCGCAGCCCUCCUCCAUCCGUCUCGAACCCCAGAAGGUUCUGCCUGAGCUUUUCCGGCCACUCCUCCCAGUUGUUCUUCCCGGGCUCGGAUGGAAAGCGUGGCUCGGAUAGUUGCUGAGGUCUUGUCUUUAGAACACGAACAGAUACUUACUAUGCAAACACCGGCAGAGGCGUUCGGCAGAACUGUACUGGCCUGAUUCCUUGGAAACAUCCACCGGCGGCCGGCCCUUGGGGAAACCGAGGUGGGGAGAACUAGAAGGUCUUCUGGUCCGAAGGUCUCCCGAGCUCCUCCCAGUCUCCUUCGAACCCAUACACACAUGCACACAGGCGUGCCCAGACCCACCCACACCCACACACGCGGGGGGUGGUGAGAGACAGGUGGGAAAGGAAGGAGAGGUAGAAGGGCUAGCACGUGAGCCUCUGCCAAUACACACCACCAAGUGUGUGCGUUGCGGUGCCUUCCCGCAAUUUGGCCCCGGGCUGGAAGUGUGCAGCCACCCGUGUGUGCCGAUGCUUGGCUCCACCCAGCACAAUCUGUUGCUCAGGAGAAGGGCAGCAUUGUCCCCUUACCUGCACU